AUUCCUCUAUAAUUUUGCGUUAUCUGUGCCUCUCAUCGUGAUUGAUUUUUGCCGUGAAUAGGUACCUAUCCCUGAAUUCCCAGCCAUUUCCCAGCUGUUCGGGUGCAGCAUCUGCAUUGCGCCUGCCUCAACUUAUUGGCAAUUGCAUGCACUAGUUAGACUCGAUCGAGAUUUAUUGCGGACACCAUGUCGUCCCCGGUAGAUGAAAGAAUUUCUGAUGAGCUUGAGGCUCUUAAAGCCAUUUUGAUGGAUGAUUUUGUAGUGAAAAAAACUGAAGAUGGCCCAGAUAGUAUCGAAUAUGUCGUUCACCCAUCUACGGGUGACGACGUUGAUCAACAAUUUGUUUGUGUUACGUUAGAAGUUCGUUUGGUCUCUGGCUACCCAGAUGUCAGCCCCGAGGUGCUCUUGAGAAACCCAAGAGGUCUUGAUGACAAAGUCCUUAAGUCCAUUCAUACACAAAUCGAUAAGAAGUUGCAGGAUAACUUGGGGCAACCUGUAGUUUAUGAAGUUAUAGAGCUCGUCCGUGAAAAUCUUACUCGAAGCAAUCUGCCGAGCGGGCAAUGUGUGAUCUGUCUGUUCGACUUCGUGGAGGGAGACGUCUUCAUCAAGACGCAGUGCUACCACUACUUCCAUAGCUACUGCCUGGCCUGCCACCUAAAGGCCGGCAAGAACUGGUACCAAGAUGAGAUGGACAGACUGCCCAGUUGGCAGCAGGCUGAUACACCUAAACACCAGCAGACAUGCCCGGUAUGCCGGUGCCGUUUGGACUUGGACUUCGAGACGCUGAAAUCUGCACCGCCUCCAGUGGACUCCAUCAAUGCUCCACCAUUUCGUCUGACUGCUGAGUUAAAGGCUCUCCAAAAGAAGAUGGCCGAGAUCCUGGCCCGCCAGAAGGCCAAGGGAGGCGUCGUGGGCAUGGGCGACAACGGACCCCCACCGCUCACCAUCACUUCGCCUUCUGAUAACGAUGGCGGUUCCACCAGCCAGGACGCUGACAAGGCAGACGCGCUCGCCCGCGCCGCCGCCGCUGAGGCCGCGCCCGGAUCCCCCAAGGCCGCUCCGGUAUACCGCGGCCCGUACCGGUAAGAACUAGUUUUUACU